AUGCCGGAUAUCCGGUGCUGCCCUCCACCCCUCCCCACAGUUCAGCCCGAGGUGAGCAUCUUCCUGUCGGGGGAUGGGCGCCGCGUGUGGUGUUUCACCACGGGCUUCUACCCGCGCUCCAUCGAGGUGAACCUGGUGCGGGACGGCCUGGUCCUGGAUGAGAGCCGCUCCCACGGGACGCUGCCCAACCACGACGGCACCUUCCAGCAGCGCCGCUGGGCCCACGUGGAGCCCGGGGACACGGCCCCGCUCUCCUGUCGUGUGGAGCACCCGGGGCUGUCCGAACCCCUCGAGGUCUUCCUGGUGCGCAAGUCGGGCAGCAACGUGAUGACCAUUGUCCUGGUGCUCGUUAUCCUGGUGCUGGUGGUGGCUGCGGUCGUGGGGGGAGUCAUCUACUGGAAGAAGAAGAAACAAGGUAGGAGUGGGGGGGAGACAGUGGAGGGGCGUCCAAUCCGCAGCCCCCCCCCCCACCCACCGCGACCCAUGCCCCUCAACCUACCCCCGAACUACGACACUCAACCUCCCCCCGACCCCCGCCUCUUCUGA